GGCCACUGGAGACCAUUGAUACGACAGCUUAGGAGGAACUCAAGAUCGCUCAUGACUUCAAAAAGAACAUGUCAUCUCCAGAAUGGACGACAGUCCUACCUAAACGCAAAGUCAUCUCACCCAUAAACGACCCUCGUUCCUCCCCCGCCUCUGCAGCUCUUGACGAGAACGGACUGGACCAGGAUGGGUUCAAGAAGGUUUUGACAAAGAAGGAAAAGGGGAAAUUGAGGAAGGUGGAGAGACAUAAGCCAAAGUUUCUUUUUGAUCAGAACGGUUUGAGGAAUGGUAGAAAAGUUGGAAUUGUACACAUACGAGAUCUUGUCCUUUACAUCACUGCAGAUGCUCAAAAACCCAACUGGAUAUUCGCCCAGAACCAUUCUUACAUUCAACAUACUGUCAUUCUUCUGGUCCCUGGUCUUUUACCCGAACACCUUGGUAUUCCACCUAGCACCGCACUUUCUAGUUUACCUUUUCCUCUCGUCAAUCCGGCUUACACCGAACAGGGUCUACCUCCCAGUAAAGUCCCAAUGAUGGAUACCAUAUUCAUGUAUGGUAUCCCCACUCGUGCUCCUGGAGAUCAACGAAGACUGUUCUCAGUGUUCAAUACUUUAUUAAACAGUCCUUUGCCUGAUCAUCUUCGAAAACAACGAGAGAAAGAAUCACGAAAACGUGUUGAAAUGGCAAAAGUCGAUGGGAGGACAUCAUUACUCUACCUCAUGACUCCUGGUCAGAUGGCGGACAACGAUUAUCCCCUACCCUCGUAUACAAACGGCAGUAGGGUGAAUGAUGAUCAAGACGGAUGGGUCGAAACGCCUCAAGCGAUGAGUCCUCCAUCCGAUGGGCGAUAUCCAGUCCUGGCGGUGGAUUGCGAGAUGGUCGUAGCGGGCAAAGAACAAGUUCUCGCCCGGGUCUCCAUCGUUGAUGUCGAAACUGAUUCUGUCAUCUUUGACGAGCUUGUCAAACCUCCCUGUCCCGUGACCGAUUACCGUACUCAAUGGUCAGGAAUCACCUCUGCACAGCUAGAAUCCGCAACUCAUACACUCUCCACUAUCCAAGAAGCCCUCAUAUCCUCUGACUCACCCAUAAUCACUCCCCACACUAUACUCUUGGGUCAUUCUUUGGAAUGUGACCUCACCGCUCUCCGUCUACGACACGCGCUAUGUAUCGAUACUGCACUUAUAUUCACACAUCCACGUGGAGCACCUUACAAGCCAGGGCUGAAGUGGUUGACACAGAAAUGGUUAGAUCGGGAGAUUCAAGGAGGGACGAAGGGACAUGAUUCCGUCGAGGAUGCCAAAGCAUGUGUCGAUCUGCUGAAGUUGAAGAUGGCCAAUGGCCCUGACUUUGGUAGUUUCAUGGACACCACAGAAAGUAUCUUUGAAAGGAUAGGAAGAUAUAGACGUCAUACUGAGGAGACACCGCCUACGACGGCGGUAUGCGAUAAUAAUGUCGGACCACGUCAUCCAGGUAACAAGGCAACAACAGCGGUCAGUUGCAUAGGGGAUGAUGAUGUCGUCAAAGCCAUAGGAGAACAAGUGAAGACUCAUGAUUUUGUCUUUGGGAGAUUAUUGGAGUUGUCACAUGUUCAAGGGUGGAACCGAGAUACGUCUUCAGAAAUUCCCCCGUCAGAGACCGUCGAUGAGGAUUCGGCACUUUCAGAAGCUUUAGAGAACUUCAAUAAUCGCCUAAACACCCUUCACUCUUCUCUGCCACCCGAUACCGCUUUCAUUCUCAUGACUGGCCACUCCAACCCUUUACCUAUGUUGCAACUAUCAGAAAAGAGGCAAAAAUGGGAACGACUCGUCAAAAGUCUUGGGAAUAUCGAUGAUGUUCCCAAAGACGAAAGAUGGAUGUUGGAAGAUGACCGAGAGUUGGAAAGUGCUGUAAGUCAAGCAAGGGAAGGGAUGGCGUUCUUUUGCGUCAAAUAA